AUGUCGACGGCCAGUCUCAUAAUAACCGUCAGCCUCGCUCUGCUGACGGCUGUAGGAUAUGGACUCUAUGUUGGGUAUCACCACCGACGGCGCAUCUACCGAUUGCGCCAACAGGGGAUGGCCAUGCCCGAAUGGAGCUGGCUAACGGGCCAUCUCCUGGUCUUAAACAAAUACCUCAAGACCCUACCCCGCGAUGUGAGCGUCAACCUCGCCGUUCGCGAUCUAGCCCUAGAGUACGGCGCCACCGAGAUCUUCCUCCUCGACAUGUGGCCCAUCUACCCAGCGGAACUUGUCAUCUACGACCCGGAUGCCGCGAUUCAGAUCACCUCCAAGUGGAAUCUGCCGAAAACCGAAAAGUUCGCCCACGCGAUGACGCCCAUCACGGGCGGUCCUAGUCUGAUCGCCAUGGGCGGCGCAGAGUGGAAACGCUGGCGCGCCUUGUUCAAUCCUGGCUUUAGCGCCGCGAGCAUGACUGACCUUGUGCCGAGUAUCGUGGACUCGGCGCAGGUGUUUAGUGAUAAGUUGCGCGAUCGAGUUGGGAAGGGGAUGUUUCUUCUUGAUGAUUUGACCACUCGGUUGACGAUGGAUGUCAUCCUGAAAGUGACGCUAGACGCCGACCUCGACUACCAACGGUCCGACAACCCCCUAGCCACAGCACUCAACAAAGUCACCACAUGGCACAGUUUCUGGGACCCGCGCAUUCUAGCACAUCCCCUCCGGCCAUUCAUCCAGCGCUACUACGGCUCUGUCAUGGAUCGCUACAUCCGCACAGAGCUAGACAAGCGAUUCUGCGAAGCGCAUGACUCCUCCCCCAAGCGAGGCAAAUCCGUCAUCUCCCUCGCUCUCGAGGCCUACCGCACCACCAACGACGGGAACCAUAACCCCAACCGUCUAGACGAAUCGUUCGCCCGCUACGCUACCCACCAGAUCCGGCUCUUCCUCUUCGCUGGAAACGACACCACCUCCAGCACGAUAGUCUACAUAUACCACCUGCUCUCGCAGCAUCCAACCGUCCUCGCUCGCCUCCGCACCGAACACGACACCAUCUUCGGCACCGACCCCAACCCCGCUGGACUGCUCCGCGCCCGCCCCGCCCUCCUCAACGACUGCGUCUACACAACAGCAGUCAUCAAAGAAACCCUCCGUCUCUACCCCCCCGCCGCAACCCUCCGCCAAGGCGCCACCAACCACACCCUCACAGACCGGCACGGCACAAUCUACCCCACAGACGGCCUAGCAACACUCGUCCUACACCCCGCCUCGCACGCCAACCCCCGCGUCUGGCCCCGUCCGACCGAGUUCCUCCCCGAGCGCUUCCUCAUCCCCGAGACGCAUCCGCUGCAUCCUGUGCCGGGGGCGUAUCGGCCUUUUGAGCACGGUCCGAGAGCGUGUAUUGGCCAGACUCUCGUGUUUAGGGAGAUCCAGGCUGUGUUGGCUUUGACGGUGAGGGCGUUUGAUGUUGCGCCCGCUUAUGGGGAGUGGGAUGCGAUGCGGGCUGGUCGGGGGCGUGAUGGGGUGAAGACCGUUUGGGGGGAUAGGGCGUAUCAGACUGACAGGGCGGGGACGCAUCCUGCUGAUGGGUAUCCUUGUCGGGUGGCUCGGGUGUCAUAG